AGACUUUCUUGCGUGCUGCUGAAAUUUGUGGAUGGUUAACACGUCUGUGACCUCUCUUCUUUGAGUCAGCCUCCGCUUUUUUGUUGUCCUUUGCGCUUGAAGUGUCCGAGCUUCGGCCUUGCGACCGGUAGAGCUGUCUCCACCUUUCGCAUGAGCAGCUCUGCAGGGCUGACCAUUGAUAACGAACCUCUGUCACUCAUCCAGAGACUCGGAUAAGUCGGAAUAGGACUUGAAGAAACGCGACUAUUCCUCGGCCUGAUUGCCGUGUCGACAAAAUGCGGCAAUUGGGGCUUGUUGGUACGCUCGUGGGGUUGGGCUUCCUUGCUUCGCAGCCGGCGCUGGUCGGCGCGCAGGGCGAGACCAAGAUCCACGAGAAGGGGCGCUGUGCGAUCCGUGGGCACUGCGGAAAGCAAUCGAUAUUUGGCGGCGAGUUGCCUUGUCCUGAUAAUGGACGGGCUCAUGAACCGGAGGAUGAAGUAAGGCAGAAGCUGGUCGGGCUGUGCGGUUCCAAAUGGGAGGAGGGCCCCGUCUGCUGUCUCGAUGAGCAGAUCGAUGCGCUUUCUAGCAACUUGAAGCUGGCUGAGGGUAUCAUUGCCUCAUGUCCAGCUUGCCGGCACAACUUUUUCGACAUCUUCUGUACCUUCACCUGCUCACCGGAUCAGUCGCUUUUCGUCAACGUCACUCAAACGGAGGAGAAUCGCUCGGGCAAGAGACUAGUGACCGAGGUGGAAAACAUUUGGUCCGAAGAAUAUCAGAGUGGUUUCUUUGACAGCUGUAAGAGCGUGAAAAAUGGUGCCUCCGGCGGAAAGGCCAUCGACUUCAUCGGUGGGGGUGCGAAAAAUUACUCGCAGUUCCUGAAGUUCCUCGGGGACAAAAAGUUCCUGGGAAGUCCUUUCCAAAUCAACUAUCACACUGAGCCCAGUGGUCCCGACUCGGAGGGCAUGAGGGCGUUGCCCAUGAAGCCCAAGGCUUGCAAUGACGCGGACAAGGCGUAUCGUUGCUCUUGCGUCGAUUGCCCCGAUGUGUGCCCCGAGUUGCCUGCCGUGUCUACUCAAGCUUCGUGCCAUGUGGGACUCUUGCCAUGUCUCUCAUUUGCCGUCAUCGUCAUCUACUCCGCAUUCCUCACGCUUGUUAUCGGACUUGCAAGCUAUGUCACAUACAAGGAACGUCGAUUUCGCAAGCCUGAGCGUGUGCGCUUGCUCCAGGAUCCCACUCCCAGUGAUGAUGAAGAUGAAGGGGAGGUUGUGCACCGUGGAGGCUACAUGGAACAGCCCCAGGGUGUAUACAAGCCAAACUCCCUUCUGUCUGCUCUGUUCCGUCGCAUUGGUGGAGCUUGUGCUCGAUUCCCAGCCAUCACGAUUGUAUCCAGCUUUAUUGUGGUGGUUGUGCUCAGCUUGGGCUGGCUUCGAUUUACGAUCGAAACGGACCCCGUGCGUCUCUGGGUGAGUCCGUCGUCACCAGCCGCUCAGGAAAAGGCGUUUUUCGACGAAAGCUUUGGGCCAUUCUUCCGAGCUGAGCAAGCCUUCCUGGUGAAUGAAACUGGUCCAAUUCUAGACUAUGACACCCUUGUGUGGUGGUUUGACGUCGAAUCCCGUGUGCGACGCAUGAUUUCGCUGGACAAGGGUCUCAAUCUGGACGAUGUCUGCUUCAAACCGACAGGUGAUGCCUGUGUGGUACAAUCCUUAACCGGGUACUUUGGUGGCGCGGUCUCCAAUCUCGACCCUGACACAUGGCAAGAUCGGCUCCUCCACUGCACUGAAUCUCCCGGUGACCCUAGCUGUCUCCCUGACUUCUCGCAACCAUUGAAGCCGGAGAUGAUUUUGGGUGGAUAUGAAAGCACUGGAAACGUCUUGGACGCUAAAGCGCUGGUUGUGACCUGGGUGGUGAACAACUUUGCCCAGGGCACCGCUGAAGAAGCGAACGCCAUCGAUUGGGAGAAUAGCUUCAAGACCGUCUUUGAUGUUGUCCAGGAGGAAGCCGCUGAGCGUGGUCUCCGUGUUUCUUUCAACGCCGAGGUUAGUCUUGAGCAAGAACUGAACAAGUCUACCAACACGGAUGCGAAGAUCGUGGUCAUCAGUUACGUGAUCAUGUUCGUAUAUGCUUCUCUGGCCUUAGGGUCUGUCACUGUCACCUGGCGGUCUCUUCUCAUGAAUCCCGCCAAUGCCCUUGUGCAGUCCAAGUUCACACUCGGUAUUGCUGGCAUCUUGAUCGUGUUGAUGUCUGUCUCUGCUUCGGUGGGGCUGUUUUCAGCGGCCGGUGUGAAGGUGACUUUGAUCAUUGCCGAAGUCAUCCCAUUCUUGGUACUGGCAGUCGGUGUUGACAAUAUCUUCUUGAUCGUCCAUGAAUUUGAGCGUGUCAACUUCAGCUACCCGGACGAAGAGAUCGAUGAAAGAGUUGCUCGCGCUGUCGGGAGAAUUGGACCCAGUGUCUUCCUGUCUGCCUUGACGGAAACUGUGGCAUUCUCUCUGGGCGCAUUUGUAGGGAUGCCUGCCGUCAAGAACUUUGCGGCGUACGCAGCGGGUGCCGUCUUCAUCAAUGCCAUUCUGCAGGUCACCAUGUUCAUCUCCGUCCUGGCUCUUAACCAACGGCGAGUGGAGAGUCUUCGCGCAGACUGCUUCCCAUGCGUCACCGUUCGUAAGGCGAACUCGUUUGGCUUGCCUGAGGAACAGAUCUACGAUGAUCACGAAGCAGAGAGUACGCUCCAAAGCUUCAUCCGCCGGAUUUAUGCUCCGUUUAUUUUGGAUCGCCGCGUCAAGGCAGUGAUUGUCAUCGUCUUCCUGGGUAUACUCACUGCAGGCCUGGCUUUGAUCCCUGAAGUGGCCCUCGGUCUGGAUCAACGGAUUGCGCUCCCCAGUGACUCUUACCUGAUCUCAUACUUCAAUGAUCUUGAUGCCUAUUUCCGUACUGGACCUCCAGUUUACUUUGUCACUCGCAACGUCAACGUGACCGAGCGAAAGCACCAGCAACAGCUCUGUGGUCGAUUCACCACCUGCGAAGAGUUCUCCUUGCCAUUUGUUCUAGAGCAAGAAUCCAAGCGUCCGAAUGUGUCUUAUCUUGCAGGAUCCGCCGCUAGCUGGAUUGAUGACUUUUUCUACUGGCUCAAUCCUCAACAAGAUUGCUGCAAAGAAGAUGACAAGCAGUGUUUCGAGGGUCGCAACCCGCCGUGGAAUCUCACUCUCUACGGUAUGCCAACCGGGCCCGAGUUCAUUCACUACGCUGAGAAGUGGAUCGAUGCACCCACCGAUGCCUCCUGUCCUCUCGGAGGCAAGGCCCCUUACAGUUCUGCAGUGCUCAUCGACAAGAAGCACACCAUGAUCAAUGCCAGCCAUUUCCGAACGAGCCACACUCCCCUGCGAAGCCAAGAUGACUUCAUUCAGUCAUACAUUGCGGCUCGUCGAAUUGCGGACGAUAUCUCUCGAGAGCACAAGAUCGAUGUGUUCCCCUACUCGAAGUUCUAUAUCUUCUUCGACCAGUACGUUUCCAUAGUACAGCUGACUGGUACACUGCUGGGAUCGGCGGUCGCUAUCAUUUUCGUCUUGACCUCUGCUAUUCUCGGGUCCAUCGCUACUGGUGCAGUCAUCACCACCGUGGUAGUUAUGACCAUGGUCGACAUUAUCGGUACGAUGGCCAUUGCUGGCGUUUCCUUGAACGCCGUUUCGCUCGUGAAUCUGGUGAUUUGCGUGGGUAUUAGCGUGGAAUUCUGCGCGCAUAUCGCUCGCGCGUUCAUGUUUCCCCCGCGAACUCUUCUCGAGAAAGCCCCCGCCAAGUUCCGCGGUAAGGAUGCUCGGGCCUGGACGGCACUGGUCAAUGUGGGUGGAAGUGUGUUCAGCGGCAUUACGGUGACCAAGCUUCUUGGAGUCUGUGUGCUGGCUUUUACUCGGAGCAAGAUCUUUGAGAUCUACUAUUUCCGUGUUUGGCUGGCCUUGGUGGUGUUUGCCGCCACUCACGCGCUUAUCUUCCUGCCCGUAGCUCUCAGCUACUUUGGCGGUGGUGGAUAUCUCGACCCAGCUGCAGACGGUGGCCUUGAGGCUAACCUCGCGUCGCGAGGGUACCGCUCGCUGCUGGUUGAUGAUGAUUACGACUCUGAUGAAUACUAAGCGCUACUUGCUCCCGAGACAUAGUCUGACUUUUUACUCUUGCCAAAUUUGACACCUACUUUCGGUUCUUUCACGGACUCUGCAGCAAUGGUUGUCUGGGGUUUGCCGAGCUCACCAAUAGUCUGCAGCCACGGAUACACACAGCUGAGGGAGGUACCGGCGCUUUCAGACCAGGCUGGGCGUUUUGGGAUUGUGGUAGAGUUGGGAGGGGUAAUUUCUUUUUCCUUUUAUUGUCGAGUGUAUGCUACUGUACACGUCUAUAUCUCUUUCUUGCUACUCUUUUGUACUGUCUGGUCUUAAUUGUAGUUGAUCACAUGCCCCUCACGAGACCACACACAAAAACCCUAUACGAUGGUCGGUGUCAAUGAUAAUGUUAGCGUGGUACUUCCACCCCUACUUCAUGACUAAUAUUCUGCCACCC